UUGGUGUAUCCACUCUUCCUCCUCCCAACCGCUCCAUCCAAUGCCCCAUUCUCAUCUACACACCCAUCAGAUACUAGCUCCCAUGUGGAAGCCCAAGACGGUGUCGAUGAAGAAGGAGGGGGAGGAGAAGAAGAAGAAGAAAAGGAGGAGGAGGAGGAGGAGGAGGAGGGGAAAGUGGAUGAUGAUAAAGUGGUCGAAGAAGAUGAAUAUGUAGAAGAAGCUAAUAAUGAUGAUGAUGUUGGUGAUGAUGAUGAGGGUGGCGGAGGUGGUGUUGGCGGUGGUGGAGGUGGUGGUGGUGUUGAAGAAAAAGAAGAAUCUCGAGCGCACUCAAUGCGAGACAUAGUUGGAUCUCUUUUACUUAUUUUGUUGUUAUUUUGUCGUAUUGCUAAUGGUCUGCAUCUCUCUGGCGUUUGGAGCACGGAUAAGGUUUACACAUUUUUGGCGAGAUUUGCUUUUCAAAAAACUUCAGUCGCCGAAAUCGAGGGUACUAGAGGAUAUAUCUUUGGAAAUAUAUCUAGUCUUGACUAUUCUUUUAAUUCCUCUGAUCGGAUGCCCCCUGCUACUUUGGUCAUAGUUGAUGGGGAGUAUGUAACAGAUCUCUACGGCAACGCUAGCCGUCCAGUCCAACUCUUUUCCGAUUCCACAAAUGGUUCACACUUCAAUCUCUGGCAAGCGGAGACCGCGAGGUGUCAAGCCAUGUUCUCUCGCAUAAAUACCCUCGCGUGGCAUCGUAAGUGCUCUCCCAAGGCUAAAAUGGACUUUCUUCGACAAGCUCCCUGCACCACCGGGGGACUCUGUUCUGAGGAAGAAGAGCCUUCUCGUGUUCAACCUCUUUCCCAAUUCACCUUUACUGUCCAAGAUCGCAGACAACCUCGGACGAUUGUGUGUAAUGAAUCAUAUUUUGACUCACUGAUUUUAACGAACAAGCAGUAA